AUGAUGCUGGUGACACACUCCAUCAGAGACAGGAGGAGCAGAGAGUCAGGAGGAGCAGAGAGUCAGGAGGAGCAGAGAGUCAGGAGGAGCAGAGAGUCAGGAGGAGCAGAGAGUCAGGAGGAGCAGAGUCAGGAGGAGCAGAGAGACAGGAGGAGCAGAGAGUCAGGAGGAGCAGAGAGACAGGAGGAGCAGAGAGUCAGGAGGAGCAGAGAGACAGGAGGAGCAGAGAGACAGGAGGAGCAGAGAGUCAGGAGGAGCAGAGAGUCAGGAGGAGCAGAGAGACAGGAGGAGCAGAGAGACAGGAGGAGCAGAGAGUCAGGAGGAGCAGAGAGUCAGGAGGAGCAGAGAGUCAGGAGGAGCAGAGAGACAGGAGGAGCAGAGAGUCAGGAGGAGCAGAGAGUCAGGAGGAGCAGAGCAGAGAGUCAGGAGGAGCAGAGAGUCAGGAGGAGCAGAGAGACAGGAGGAGCAGAGAGUCAGGAGGAGCAGAGAGUCAGUAGGAGCAGAGAGACAGGAGGAGCAGAGAGUCAGGAGGAGCAGAGAGACAGGAGGAGCAGAGAGACAGGAGGAGCAGAGAGUCAGGAGGAGCAGAGAGUCAGGAGCAGAGCAGAGAGUCAGGAGGAGCAGAGAGUCAGGAGGAGCAGAGAGACAGGAGGAGCAGAGAGACAGGAGGAGCAGAGAGUCAGGAGGAGCAGAGAGACAGGAGGAGCAGAGAGACAGGAGGAGCAGAGAGACAGGAGGAGCAGAGAGACAGGAGGAGCAGAGAGUCAGGAGGAGCAGAGAGACAGGAGCAGAGAGCAGGAGGAGCAGAGAGUCAGGAGGAGCAGAGAGACAGGAGGAGCAGAGAGACAGGAGGAGCAGAGAGUCAGGAGGAGCAGAGAGUCAGGAGAGAGCAGAGCAGAGAGUCAGGAGGAGCAGAGAGACAGGAGGAGCAGAGAGACAGGAGGAGCAGAGAGACAGGAGGAGCAGAGAGUCAGGAGGAGCAGAGAGACAGGAGGAGCAGAGAGACAGGAGGAGCAGAGAGUCAGGAGGAGCAGAGAGACAGACGUUGGGCCUGUUCCAUCCAGCAUCAGUGGCAGACUUUAA